AUGCAUCUCUUGGGGCUUGCUGCAACUGCAGCAACUUAUUUGUUGCUCCCAGGUGCCACCGCAGAUCCUCUCCCAUUCGAGCGGAUUCAAUUGCACGAGAGGGACAUCGCGUCUUUGGGCAAGGCCUCGUCGCUCCUUUCAUUCGGUGAUGCACCUGUCGCAGACCCAGCAACUUCACAUCGGAGAGCACCGCCCACGGGUUGCAAAGUGUUCCCUGGUGACAAGAAAUGGCCGGCUGAUAAAGCUUGGAGUAACUUCAAUAAUACUCUUAACGGAGCCUUGAUCAAGACCGUUCCUCUUGCGGCACCUUGUUAUGCUGGUCCGAAUUAUGACGCAAACCGGUGUAGCUAUGUUACAGCAAACUGGGCCAACUCGAGUCUCCAUGAGAUGGACCCGGCAUCGGUCAUGACCGGACUCUACCAAGGCCACACCUGCCAAAUACCCUCCAAUCCGGACGACACCUGCACCCUCGGCGGCCUUCCAUCCUACGUCGUCAACGCAACAACAGUAAAGCAAGUCCAGCUUGCAGUUAAUUUUGCUCGCAACGCAGACAUCCGCUUGAUCGUCCGAAACACCGGGCACGACUUCUCUGGUAAAUCUGGCGGCGCGGGGUCUCUGAGCAUCUGGACCCAUAACCUCAAUGCUAUAGAAUACGUCCCACGUUUUGAGGACCAGAAACAGGGUUAUUCUGGCCCUGCUUUCAGGGGCGGUUCGGGGGUAAUUGGACGUGAUCUCUUCAAAGCGGCAGGGGACAAAGGGUUACUUGUCAUAGGAGGUGAAGGGCAGGAUGUCGGUAUCCUUGGAGGCUACCUCCAAAACGGAGGCCACUCGCCUAUGUCCUCCGUGUAUGGCCUUGCAGCGGACCAAGUUCUGUCAAUUAGUCUCGUAACUGCAGAUGGACGCUUCCUUACGGCCUCAAGCACAGAGAACACCGACCUGUUCUGGGCACUCCGGGGAGGUGGAGCAUCUACCUGGGGAGUUGUGACUUCUGUCACUGUUCGAGCACACCCUUCUAUGCCGAUAUCGACAGCCCAGUUCAUCUUCACCGCGAAGUCUAGCGCCGCCUUCUGGCUGGGGGUUCGCAGCUACUGGGAACGCUUCAUCCCAUAUGCAGACGCAGGGACAUACUCAUAUUUCAUGAUCAUACCCGGCGCACCAGCACCGACAUUCAUUAUGCUUGGGUUCUGGGCGCCGAACAUGACGACGACGGAAACCACGGCUCUCCUUACGCCUUGGUUGGACGACCUUUCUGCUCUCGACAUCUCCGUCAAACCCGCCUACGCCACAUAUCCCACCACCUACCCAGCCCUAAUAGCCACCUGGCCCCAAGAGGCGGUCCAAGACAAUGCCAUAAUCGGAUCCCGCCUCUUCCCCCGCUCGGCAUGGGAAGCACCUAACUCAGAAACAUUCAACAAAACAUGGGAGGCAUGGUCCACAACCAACAAUCUCCUAAUCUCCUUCAACAUUCGUGCACCCAACGCCCUUGGCGUCGAUAACGCCGUCCUGCCGGCGUGGCGUGAGACGGUACUUCACACUAUGCAAGGCUCUGGAUUCGCUCCGAAUGCCGAUGAUGCGACUAAGAGAGCUGUGAGGCAAGCGUUGACUGUAAGUAUGGCUAAUUGGAAGGCGGCCACUCCUGGAGCAGGGGCAUAUAUAGGCGAAUCGGAUGCUGAGGAGGUGGGAUGGCAGGAGAGUUUCUUUGGCAAGAACUAUGACCGGUUGUUGAAGAUUAAGAACAAGUAUGACCGGGAUGGGGUGUUUUGGGCGAAGCAGGCGGUUGGAAGUGAAUGCAUGGCUGUUCAGAGUAACGGUCCGAUUCCAGAUGAAAACGGGAAGUUGUGUCGGGUUAAAUAA